GCCAUUAACAGGCAGGACCGGGAGAGCCGCAGUGCAGCACACCUCUGUGUGGACAGAAUGUGGCUGCGUGUGAGCGCCAAUGGGAGUGGGCUGUUCCCGGGACCAGGGCUCCGGGAGCCCUGUCAGUCAGCCUCCUUACAAUAGCACGUGCGGCCGCUGGGGCUCCGGAUCCAUGGGGAGGCUUCCCUGAACUCCAGCUGCUGAAUGAGAAUGAGUUUGAAGCUUUUUGCAUGACCAUGGAACCGAGCCUUGGUUCAGUAAUGCAUCCUGAGGUAAACUGUUACCUGAGUCAGGCUCUAAAUAAUGCAUUUCCUGGGGACCAUGGUUGUAGCAGAAGAGAAUGCCAGAACCCCUAGCAAGAUUGCUGUCUGAGAUGGAAAGAUGUCUCACUAUCAUUUCAUCAAGUGCUGUUGCUUUCAGCUAUGUAACGUUUUCCGAACCCAUGAAAUGGAAAUUGACCAGUGCUUGCUGGAGUCCCUUCCCCUCGGCCAGCGGCAGCGGCUGGUGAAGCGCAUGCGCUGUGAGCAGAUCAAAGCCUACUAUGAAAGAGAGAAGGCUUUUCAGAAGCAGGAAGGAUUCCUGAAAAAGCUGAAGCAUGGGAAGAGUCAGAAAGUCCACUUCAACCUUGCCGACAUGAUACAGGAUGCAAUUAUCCACCACGAUGACAAAGAAGCACUCCGGCUCCUGAAGGAGGGCGCGGAUCCACACACUGCCGUUUCCUCGGGAGGGUCCCUGCUGCAUCUGUGUGCUCGGUAUGAUAAUGCCUUCAUUGCAGAGAUCCUGAUUGACAGAGGGGUCAAUGUCAACCACCAGGAUGAAGACUUUUGGACACCAAUGCACAUCGCCUGUGCUUGUGAUAACCCUGAUAUUGUCCUGCUGCUUGUAUUAGCUGGAGCCGACGUCCUUCUCCAGGAUGUCAAUGGAAAUAUCCCGUUGGAUUACGCCGUAGAGGGGACAGAAUCCAGCUUCAUCCUGCUGACCUAUCUGGAUGAACAUGGAGUGGACCUGACGUCGCUGAGACAGAUGAAGCUCCAGAGACCACUGGCCAUGCUGACAGAUGUCAAACACUUCUUAUCCGGCGGCGGAAAUGUUGACGAGAGGAAUGAUGAAGGAGUGACUCUGUUACACAUGGCGUGUGCCAGCGGCUACAAGGAGGUGGUGGCCCUUCUCCUGGAGCAUGGCGGGGACCUGAAUGUCGCGGACAAUCAGUACUGGACCCCACUCCAUUUGGCAGCAAAGUAUGGCCAGACAAACCUGGUGAAGCUUCUUCUGAUGCAUCAGGCAAACCCAAACCUUCUGAACUGCAAUGAAGAGAAGCCCUCAGAUAUUGCCGCAUCUGAGUUUAUUGAGGAAAUGCUGUUGAAAGCCGAAGUUGCCUGGGAAGAAAGGGUAAAAGAGCGUUUAUCUGUUCCUGCUUUGGCCUCCGAGGAGCCCUAUGAAGAGAUCCUCCACGACCUCCCCGCUCUCUCGAGCAAGCUCAGUCCCCUGGUGUUGCCGAUUGCCAAGCAAGACAGUAUGCUGGAGAAAGACAUUAUGUUCAAAGAUGCCACGAAAGGUCUAUGCAAGCGACAGUCUCAAGACAGCAUCCCUGAAAAUGCUACCGUGAAUGGCCCCACAAAACCUGAGCCCGUCAAGCUGAUGCCCCCCGCUCCCAGCGAUGACUUGGCGACACUCAGUGAGCUGAACGACGGCACCCUGCUUUACGAGAUUCAGAAGCGCUUUGGGAACAAUCAGAUAUACACUUUUAUUGGAGAUAUCCUCUUGCUUGUCAACCCAUUCAAAGAGCUUCCAAUUUAUUCCACAAUGGUGUCUCAGCUCUACCUCAGCAGCACGGGGCAGCCCUGCUCCUCCUUGCCGCCUCACAUCUUCUCCUGCGCCGAGAGAGCCUUUCACCAGCUUUUCCAGGAGCAGCGGCCCCAGUGCUUCAUUCUCAGUGGAGAAAGAGGAUCCGGCAAGUCUGAAGCCAGCAAACAAAUAAUGAGACACCUCACCUGCAGAUCUGGCUCCCGCAGGCCCAUGUUUGACUCCAAAUUUAAACAUGUCAUGUGCAUCUUGGAGGCCUUUGGACAUGCCAAGACAACGCUUAAUGACCUGUCCAGUUGCUUCAUAAAGUAUUUCGAACUACAGUUCUGCGAGAGGAAGAAACACUUAACUGGAGCCAGAAUUUAUACAUAUAUGCUCGAGAAAUCCAGACUGGUUUCACAACCGCUUGGCCAGAGCAAUUUCCUCAUUUUCUACUUGUUGAUGGAUGGACUAUCUGCUGAGGAAAAAUACGGACUUCACCUGAGUAAUUUACGUGCACACCGGUAUUUGAACCAGACCCGACCAGAAGAUGUCUCAACAGCAGAGCUUUCUCUGAACAGGGAGAAAUUCACUCUUUUGAAACAAGCCCUGAAUGUCAUUGGCUUCAGUCACUUGGAGGUAGAGAAUCUGUUUGUGAUCCUGGCGGCAAUAUUACACAUUGGAGACAUUCGAUUCACGGCUCUGACCGAGGCCAACUCUGCAUUUGUCUCUGACCUCCAGCUUCUGGAACAAGUGGCUGGAUUGUUGCAAGUUUCAACCGAUGAAUUGCUGUCUGCUCUAACCACCGACAUCCAGUAUCUGAAAGGGGACACCAUCAUACGGCGACAUACUGUGGAGAUGGCUGAAUUUUACCGGGAUCUCUUGGCCAAGUCCCUGUUCGGGCGUCUGUUUAGCUUCUUGGUGAACACCAUGAACGGUUGCCUCUACAGUCAAGAUGAGCACAGCAGCCCACAGACUUUGGAUAUUGGAAUACUGGACAUCUUCGGUUUUGAGGAAUUUCAAAAGAAUGAAUUUGAACAACUUUGUGUCAACAUGACCAAUGAGAAGAUGCACCACUACAUCAAUGAAGUGCUUUUUCUACACGAGCAAACAGAAUGUGUACAAGAGGGAGUUACCAUGGAAACAGCUUAUUCUCCUGGGAACCAGACUGGAGUUUUGGAUUUUUUUUUCCAGAAACCAUCUGGAUUUCUCUCUUUAUUGGAUGAGGAAAGUCAGGUGAUUUGGUCAAUGGAACCAAAUCUUCCCAAAAAGCUACAAAGUCUCCUUGAAGCGUCAAACACAAAUGCAGUCUAUUCACCCAUGAAAGAUGGGAACGGGAACAUGGCGCUCAAAGACCAGGGCACAGCUUUCACCACCAUGCACUACGCAGGAAGGGUAAUGUAUGAAAUUGUUGGAGCAAUUGAAAAAAAUAAAGACACCCUCUCACAGAAUCUUCUAUUUGUAAUGAAAACUAGUGAAAAUGUCGUGAUCCAUCAUUUGUUCCAGUCGAAACUGUCACAGACAGGAUCCCUCGUGUCCUCCUAUCCUUCUUUUAAGUUCAGAGGACAGAAAUCCACCCUGCUCAGUAAGAAAACGGCAGCUUCUUCGAUUAUUGGAGAAAACAGGAAUUAUCUAGAACUCAGUAAGUUACUAAAGAAGAAAGGAGCCUCCACAUUUCUUCAGCGACUGGAACGGGGAGGUCCUGUCACCAUUGCAUCGCAGCUCCGGAAAUCUCUAACAGAUAUUAUCGGAAAACUUCAGAAGCGGACUCCACACUUUAUUCAUUGCAUCAAGCCCAAUAACUCAAGGCUGCCAGAUACUUUUGAUAAUUUUUAUGUGUCUGCUCAGCUACAAUAUAUUGGGGUCCUGGACAUGGUGAAGACCAUCCGAUAUGGUUACCCUGUUCGCCUUUCCUUCUCGGAUUUCCUGUCAAGGUACAAGCCGCUGGCCCAUACGCUCCCGGGCGAGAAGCAGCCGCUGUCUGCCGCGGAGAAGUGCCGCCUCGUUCUCCAGCGGUGCAAACUGCAAGGCUGGCAGAUGGGAGUCCGGAAAGUGUUUCUAAAAUACUGGCACGCCGACCAGCUCAAUGAUCUGUGCCUGCGGCUCCAGAGAAAAAUUAUCAUCUGCCAAAAAGUUGUAAGAGGGUUUCUAGCACGCCAGCACUUGCUUCGGAAAAGGAGCAUCAGACAGCAAGAGGUCACGUCCAUCAACAGCUUCCUGCAGAUUACGGAAAACAUGGGGUUGAAGACCUACGACGCCCUGGUCAUUCAGAACGCUUCUGACAUUGCACGUGAAAAUGACCGGCUGCGGAAUGAAAUGAAUGCUACUUACCAUAAAGCGAAGGUGGACGCCGGACACAAGCCGGAGGGAGGAACCAGAAGAGCCGAAGAUAGGGCUGGACCGAGGCACUGCCACUACAGCUCCGUCCCGGGCCCGCUGGCGGCGGACGGCCUGAUCCAGGCCCUGGCUGGCCCGUCCGCCCGCUCUCCGUCUCUGCACUCGGUGUCCAGCCUGGAUGACGGCAGCGGCCUCCCCUCCCCACGGAAACAGCCUCCGCCCAAGCCCAAGAGGGACCCCACGACGCGGCUGAGCGCCUCCUAUGAGGCCGUGAGCGCCUGCCUGUGGGCGGCGGCCCGGGAGUCAGCAGGUGAAGGGCUCACCAGACCCAGACCUCACAGCGACGACUACAGCACCAUGAAGAAGAUUCCUCCUCGCAAACCCAAGCGCAGCCCCAACACCAAGCUCAGCGGCUCCUCCGAGGAGAUCACGGGCGCGCGGCGCAGAGGGGGCCAGCAGCGCGCGCCGGGGGUCCCCGCGCCCCCCGCGCCCCCCACGCGCGCCCCACCGGAGCCGGAGCCCGAGCCGGUCUACAUCGAGAUGGUGGGCCGCGCCGGCAGCCCCGAGCAGGUGGAGGCCGUGUACGAGGAGAUGAAGUACUUCGCGCCCCCCGAGGCGUCCGCGUCGCCCCCUCUGCUGAGUGACACUCGGAACCCCGUCAGCAGCGAGGAUGGCGAGGGGGGCGGCCAGGCCGCCGCCGGGCCCUGCAAAGACGCGUGCGACAUCCCGGCCCCCUUCCCCAACCUGCUCCCUCACCGUCCCCCGCUCCUGGUGUUCCCCCCGACCCCGGUCACCUGCUCCCCGGCGUCCGACGAGUCGCCCUUGACGCCGCUGGAGGUGAAGAAGCUGCCCGUGCUGGAGACCAACCUCAAGUACCCGGUGCAGGCCGAAGGCUCGAGCCCCCUGUCGCCACAGCACGCCAAGAACCAAAAAGGCGACGGGGACAGGCCCGCGUCCCCCUGCCCGCUGGCAGCGAGCGGGUCCCCCGCUACGCCCCCUCCCCCGCCCGCGCCCCCGGCCCCCCGGCCACCCACGCACUUCGCCUUUCCCCCGGAACCCCUGGGGAACGCAGGCCGGGCGGCAGGACCCAGCCCUGAAGCGCCCAAAGCGCCCCAGCCGCCCAACUCCGCACCCGCUGGGGGCCCGUGCAGCUCCUUCUCCAAGGCCCCCUACUCCCCCGGGAGGGCCGCCAGGGCCGAGCACAGGAAGGCCAGCGCCAGCCCCUCCUCCCCGGUGCCCUACAGCCCCCCGAACUGCAGGGCGCUCGGCAGCCCCCUGGACGAGCUGACCAGCCUCUUCAGCUCUGGAAGGAGCGUGCUUCGGAGGUCCGCCGCGGGGAGGAGGAUCAGGGAGCCCGAAGUGAUUUUCAACAGCCCCCUGAUUGGGAUAGGAGAAAGACAUUCGAAAAAGCUUCCAUCAUUCGCCUCUUGGGGACAUUCUAGAUGAAAAGCAAACAAUAACAAUUUGUUAGUUUCUGAAUCAUGUCAAUCUGGAAGCAGAGACGCAGGUAACUGCGAAGGUAGAAACGUGUCUGGACGGAAGACUCAUGGGGCCUCCAGUGCCUGCCCCUCAAUCAGGACUUGUUGGGUAGAUAUUCAGCCCACAGGUCUCAUGACCAUGGGCAUCCACUGGACCAUGCUGCUCCAUGAUCCUUUGAAACCCAGGAGCAAAACCAAGCAGAGGACUCUGACAAUUAACUAUGUCGAUCAACCUGAUCAAGAAGUAACCUUUGAGUCACUUGGGAAAUUUCCUGAACGUCUUGGCUGUGCCUCUGUAGCCACCACAUGCCAGUCUUUCCGGAGACACACGUCUUGCACAAACGGCUCAUCCCUUCUGCACUGAGUCCGGCACAGCCGAAGGGCCAUCUCAACCGGGUUGUUCUAGGAUGCGCCGUCAGUGGGAGAAGCAGCUCUUGUACCUGGGAUUGGGAAGAAGAAGAAAAAAAAAAGAGGCAGUCUUUUCAGAAGUGGAUUAUCUUUCAUAACCAGUAGAUAUUUCUCAUGCAGUCAACCCGUUCAGGCAAGCAGCUGUUGUGUAGUGUGGGUCUCUAUACGGGAUCGUGAAUGAAACUCCCACAGGGCUCCAGAGAGAAGCCCAGGGCUCGUCUCGUGAGGCAUCAGCAGCUCUCCUCAAGCAAGUUCAUAAAGACCUUCCUGACAACCUGCAUCUCAUUAUUGCCACAUAAUACAACAUCCUGGGGUUCUCUUCCUUUUGUAAAGAAAUGCGUAAAAGCGAUGUGGUGCGUGGAAAGUUUUCCUAAAGAUGGGCUGGAUCGAUGCCAUGUUCUCGUUCUCCUUAAGAGUCUUGGUGGAGGAAAACGGAUUUCUUAAUUACCUACUGGCGUUCAGGUCCUUUAUGCCGACCUGAAUCAUUUUUAUGAUUAAUCCUCAGAUUAGCCUAGAAAAGCCCACACUACCUGAGAGUUAGCUCUCCGCAGUACCACUUUAUCCAGAGCUCCGUUCCCUGAGCCCCCCGUGGUCGCCCAGCCUCCACGUGUGUGCGAAGCUUCACAGCCUUUUUUCUGCUCUGGCUUUUACUUCCUCUUUUUCUCGUUUCUCCUUGAAAUCUGCAACGUUCUUACCCACACGAGGAGCGUUUGCAAUGACCAGCCCGUUGCAAUCCCACAGUAAACAGCAGCCUGUUCCUUGUGCUCCCUGCUCCGGUGACUAGGUCCUAAAAAGUGCAGGGUCCAGACAUGGGCUAGAUCUGACCUUACACUGAUUGACAUCAGAACACUCACUGUCCCGCGAUGCCUGAGAAUUUGUGCGUUUCCCAGAAUUGCAAGAGAGCUUCUUCACGCCCCAAAAUCUGGCUCAUCAUCAAACCUAAUUUUUCAAAGAAAAAUGUCCUUUUAAAGAAUGAAAGAAGUGACACAUACACACUAGGUACCUGGGGUUAUUUCCUAGGCAAAUGUGCACGUUUGGGAUUUGGGCUUAAUUAUUCUUUGAUGUGGAAAGAUGGCCAAUCCAUGAAGAAGUAAGCUGAGAGAGAAGACAUGGGCAAAGUGGCGGGGGAAGCUGUGACCCUACCAAGGCAUUUCCAUGUAACUGAAAUGGGAAUCAAAGCUCCCAGCUAGUAAAUUACCUUCUGACAUCACCUCUGUUCGCUGGAGCUGCAUUCGCUUAACCUGUUUUCAGAUGAGAUCACCAGCCGAAGGGGCCAGACUGGUCUUCAGAGCAGAAUGGAGGGGACACAUCAAAGUACAAACACCUGACUUAAAGCUGGGGAGCCCUCCCCCGGGAUGCUUCUACGGGCUCUCACACCCUUUCUUAGGGAUACAUCCAGUGCCCAGCCCCAGAACCUCUAGAGCAAAAGGCCUCUUUAUGUAUCUAUUUUAUUUUCAUGAGAAUUGGAUGGACUCGAUUUCAUUUCUUGGUAUUUAACUACCUUUCUAUAUAGUUAGUAAGAGAGUCUCCUUGGAUUUUUAAUAGAUAAACUGCUUUAAAAAUAAUUCGUGAAACAUAUAACCUUCAUUGCUCCAUUUCGGGGACAUUAGCCUGCAUUCCACGCUUCCUGUGUUUUUCUGCUGUGUCCUGGCCACCCCGAUCUCCUCUGCAUACACCAAGCAGAACUAGAGGUUUAUUGAAUUGCUUAUGUGUCAAUCCAAGACAGUAAAACUCGAAUUGCUAACAUUAAUUCAUGGGUGUAGCUGUGGUGUGCAAGGAGGGGGUCUUCUUGGUUCACUUACGGAGCCUUGGAGUCGUGUCUAAUUUCCAGAGGCUGAGGAGCAACCCAGGACAGAGGCACCGAGCUCACAUCUGGUGAUGAGAGAUCAUAAAAACAUAAAAAAAAAAAAAAAUCAUUGAAAGCCCAGCAACGUGGUUCAGCUGUCAAUCAGAGACGUUUUCACUGCUGUGAGGAUUGAAUCUGUCCCAGGAACUGUCUGCAAUGACUUCAGGAAAAAUGCUCUUUUUUUUUUUUUUUUCCCCAGACAAUAAAAUCAUUCUAUGAAUGGCCCCAAAAUGUGUAGUUCUUCUCAGGACUUAAGAAAAAGUAGAGGUUAACUCUAGGCAAGACAGUGGAACUGGCAAUCGUAUUUUGUCCUGCUGUUUGCCUGAUGUUUUCAAAGAGCUUUGGGAAAAAUCACCCAGUAAGAAGGGCAAGCUUCACUCAUUUUGUUUGUUUGUUUAUUUGAAAAACACACCAAGGACUCUAUUUUGUGCCAGGCAUUAUACUAAGUGGUAUGGAUUUUUUUUUCUCAUAAAAUGUGGGGUCUGUUCAGAAGCAGCUCACAGCAGGGAGACAUGAAAACUCCAGCGUAUCCAGGCGGUGCAAGACCGUUUGCGUGAAGAUAACGAUUUGGGGGUCACGAAACACUAUGUACCCUCAAAGUUUGUGAAAUGCUGCAUUUUUAUUCAUUUGGUUCUAUUCUGCUUCAUCUUUAAAUGCUUAUCAUGACCCACUAAAUUGAUUUCUCAGCCUGUAAAUAUGUCCUUUGGAACACUGGUCUAGAAGGUGGGCUGUAUAUGGAGAGACGGGAGGGAUUUGAGACCAAACUCAGGAGAGAAAGACCCGGGGCAGGAGGGCCCCCGCCGCCCAGCUAGGGGCCAGUUUGUGUUCCAAUCCUACGCUGUGAUUAUAGGGUUUUGCACAAGGAAUGGGGGGACCUAGUGUUUUGGAGCAACUCCAUUUGGGUAUGUGGAAAGGACUGAUGUCUGUCUCUGAUUUUUUUCUACCUUCAUUUAAAUGGAAACAUACACUUUAACAAUGGGUGAGAGAUGCUUAGUUGCAGGGCACAUAGGAAGGGGCUAUCCCAGCUUCCGACUGGCCCUUCGGUGGUUUCUGUAGUGGAUGAAAUGAGACUAUGAGACGCAGGUUCAGCCGCACCCCCCAGGGUCCCGGGGCUCCUCCCUCCUGCGUGUCUGUGGUAUGUCCUCCAUCAGCUCUGCGAUCUGUCACAGCAGCGGCUCAGGAGACAUGCGCUCCCAGGCACUUAGGACUUGGAGGCAUACGGAACCCGGAGCACCAACCCGCCCACCGUCGGUAAAGGACACAACCCCAGGAGCCACCUAAAGCACGGCUCAUCGAGUAUUUUGACAAGAAUUUUAAUCUCUAUAGAUACUUUUAUUUCUUAUUUUAUUCUUUUAAAAGGUGUUUUUCUUUAUAUUUUAGAAAGAGAGGGAGCAUGAAUGGCGGG